AGCUCUCAUCGUCACCAAAGGAUUAGAGAAUGGGAAUUCCAUCAGAAAUAAGGGAUGUUUGGAUAACGAGAAAAACAAAUUCCUUAUUGAUUCCUUCUCCUGCUGAAGACGAGAAGAAGUUAAGAGCCCAGCAAUUCUCUCAAGAAGGAGUUCGUGCCGGUAUCAAGGCGGCUGCGAUUACCGCCGUCGUCAGCGCUGUGCCUACAUUGAUCGCUGUUCGUAAGAUUCCUUGGGCAAAGACAAACCUCAACCACACUGCUCAAGCACUUAUCAUCAGUGGAGCAUCGAUUGCAGCUUACUUCAUUACCGUCGAUAAAACCGUGUUGGAAAGUGCUAGGAGAAAUUCUCGAGCUCAGUUGGACAAAAAUGUUUAAAGUCAGAACCGAAGGUAGUGGCAAAGGUUCCGAGGCUAACUAUAUAGUUUAAAGCUGUUUUAUGGCAAAUAAUGCCGCCAUUUUCCCCCGUA